AUGUUGACGGUACUAUUCAAAUCUAACAGAUGGUUCCCAAACAUUGCCUCCCUGAAACACGAAACGGGACUCUAUCUCCUCUUCCAACUGUCGUCCACGCUUCGAUUCCAAAUGCGAAGGUAUUGGAACGUCUAUCAACGGCCACACCUUCCAUCCCGCGAAAACCACAAGAACCAGGCUGACUGGAUAUCCCCGAUUAACAGGCUCAUCUCGGCUGAAGAACCGGUCUCCAAUUCAUCUAUCGAAACUUCGGCCACUGUCGGCUCAUCAUGUUUCCUAACGAUUGAUUCCGCGCGCCGAUAG